GUGACAGCUGAUUGCUGUCAGUUGAACUGCCAAUGUUAAACAAAAUAUAACAAUUUAAUUUAUUUAAUUAAUUAAAUUUCUGACUGACCGAGACCGACAGUUCUUGCUAUAAUGCCAGCGGCAAUUCAAGAAGCCACCAAAGCAUCCGAACAUUCGGAGCAAAUGUGGAAAGUCCUAAAAGCCCACAUUCUUAGAGAAAGGGCAAGAAAACGGCAAGAAAGAGAACAAGAAGUCGAAGAAGAAAGACUUCGAAAAGAACGCGAAGCCAGGGAGCAGCAAGAUGUAAUGACUUUAGGAGAAACUAGAGAACAAAUUUCACAACUCGAACAGAAAUUGACACAGUUAAAGGAAGAAAAACACCAAUUAUUUUUACAGCUUAAAAAGGUGUUAAAUGAAGAUGAUAAUAGGAGAAGGCAGAAAGAAAACACAGAAAACAUGAUAUCAAUACAAAAUCUGCCUACGAAUAUGAUACAGCAACAGCUGUAUAUACAACAACACCAACAGCAGCAACCUCAACAGCCUCAAAGAUUGGCUCCAAUGCCUCAACAACAACAACAGCAACCUCUGCCUCAGACUGCAUUCAAACAGACUAAGAGGCCCAGAAGUCCUAGCCCUCCACCUCAAGUGCCCGUUUCUAUGUAUCAUGGAUAUGGGUAUAAACCUCAGGGUGUUGCUACAUCAUCUUACCAGGGUUCACCACAAAAAGAUGACAGUAGACGUAACGAGUUAGUACGAGCAGUAUUGUGGAACAAAACGCCGCAAUACAGCAACCAACCUAGCGCCUUCUAUCCAGUGGCGCCUCAAGAACUGCAGCCCAUGUACUAUCCGAUCAAUCGCGAACCUGCCAGGAGUGUGUACGAGACGCCAAGGUUGCAAACGUUUCAUCUGGAGCCCAAAUUGACUGAGCACUAUGCGAUGAGGAACCCCGGACCACAUCCGGGGCAUAGUCUUCAUCCUGGAGCCAUACCUAUUUCUCAACAGACUCCCCCAAAAGGUGGUAGUAUUACUGCUGGUUAUCCUGUGAGAAGUCAGCCGCAGUACCAGCAAAAUCCGACUCCGACUGCAUUGUAUACAGGUCAAACUAGGCCGCUGUAUCAGACGGCUGUGAAUUGCCCUCAAAGAGAGUAAAAAUUGAUGUUUUGUAGAUGUUAAGAUAUACUAGUAAUUGUUGUUUGUACAAAAUAAAUAAUUAUGUGUUUUUUUAUGGUUUAUUUUUGGUGGAUUAUUAUGUAAUAAAAAUAUGAAAUAUAGGAAAAUAAUGUGUGAAAAGAAAUUGUUUAUUAUAUUGUAAUAAAUAAAAUAUUUGAAGGA